AUGGGGCCGUACCCGGCACUGACUACACUCUUCACCCCUCCUUCAGAAUGCACCUCGCAUUGGACAUGGCGGAAAGUCGAUGAAUCUGCUUCUGACACGACCACUCUGUAUCACGACUACUCGGAUAACCCAGUGACCACGCUGUGUUAUCCGAAUCCUGGAGGAGGAUGGGCGAAUCCUUUGGACAUCGGGACGUACAGUCCCGCGAUCUGCCCCAGCGGACAUACCACUGCGGGCCUAUGGUGGGAUGAUGCGACGACGACCGCUGUUUGCUGCCAGAGCGGGUUCACAUAUACGGGCGAGAUGAAAGGCUGCACGAGCACAUACUCGACCUCUACCACCGUUACCAUUGUCGACACGGCACCAGCUUCAUCGGGCCAAAGCGGUGAUGGAAGCUUUACGACAUAUACUUCAGUCGUGGGGCCUGGAGAAGCCGUCAUGUUCGCGGUCGCGGUUAUGUAUCAGCCCGGCGAUCUGUACGAGUUUCCCUCAGACGCUGCGCCGAUACUGUUCCCCACAGCCGCCUCGACGCCAGAACCAUCAGGGUCCUCGUCGCUAGCGGCGGGCGCAACGGCAACGGGCGGCGCCGCGCCAACGAGCAACACUAGCUCAUCAGAGAACCCUUCAUCUUCUUCCCUUAGCACUGGCGCGAAGGUAGCUAUUGGCGUCGGUUCAGCCUUCGGCGCCUUUGUCCUCCUCGCCUGCAUCGUGUUUCUGUUUAUGAUGCGCAAAUACAAGAGGAGGCUCGAUGCUCAGGAGCAACAGUGGCGGAAUAGUAUGGUGGUGGCGGAGAGGAAGGACUUGGGAGAAUCGUACGUCGCGCCUGCGGAGCUCUCGACGGAGCCGAGACCGGUGGAAUUGGAUCCUGAGGAGCGUACCGGAUUAAGGAGGAGUUCGGCGUAUCAUCCGCAGGUGGGAAUCGAGUUUGAUCGAGGCGCGGAUGGCGCAGAGCAGCCCGUGGAGAAUGCGCUGGGGAUGGACGAGAUCCACAGGAAGCCCGUAGGAGGGAGUUCAUAG